GCCUCUCCCCGGACCCUCUCGGGGAAGGGCGGGGGGGGUCCGCGGCCUCCCCCGGCCCCGCCGCCGGGCUGGCGGCGCCCAGCGCGCCCGCGGAGGGGCUCCGCGGAGGGGUCCCCGCAGGAGGCGGCCGCGGAUACUUAAGCGGCGGCGGGGAAGCGGCGGGGCCCGGCGCAGGAGCCGCAGCGGCGGGCGGGCCGUCGCCCAUGGCCGGCUGCGGGCCCGGCGGGGGCUGAGGCGGCUCGGGCAGGGCGGGACGGGGACAGCGACAGCGCCCGUGUGGCGGCGGCGGGGCUGCCGGCGGCGGCGUGGCCGCAGCCCCCGCCGGCUCUGCCCUCGCCCGGCAGCGGGAAGCCCCAGCGCCAGCAAUGGCGGCUCGGACGAGGAGCCGCUGCGCGCCUGGGCAGCAGCCGCCACCGCUUUAGGAGGGGAAGAGCAGAGCUGGCGGGGAGCGUGUGGGGGGGGCUGGUUUCCGGCGGGUUAUUUAUUUCUUCCCUCUCGCUUAAGUUCCCAGCGGAGCGGGCUGGCCGGCUCCCGCGCCCCCACCUGCUUCCCGGAGGGCGAAAGGUGCAGGGAGGCCAUGGAGAGCCCCGCCGAGAACCCCAGCAAGGCGGCGGAGUACCUGAAGGAGCUGAACAAGAUCAUCGAGACGCAGCAGGAGCUGCUGGAGAAGCAGAAGCGGCGGAUCGACGAGCUGGAGCAGCAAGUGGCCAAGUUGUACCACGAAAACGCCUGCCUGCAGGACGAGCAUCACCGGCACCUGGCCACAUGCAGGCUCCAGCAGGGCGGCCCCCCCGCCUACCCGGGGGUGCUCAGCGCCAUCCAGGAAAACGCAAAGCACGAAAAGUCUGAAGGUGAAAGUUCAAGAAGUGUCAGGUGUUCCCAAAGCAGGAAGCAGCGAUUUCGUCAGUGUGAUCAGUUUCCCUACCCAAUGUCUUUAAAUACUCUGCACCAGUUUUGCUGUCCAGCUCCAUUGUACCAUACCCAGCUAGCUGUCCCUGCCACACACUCAGAGUACAGGACCUCGUUGGAAACAGGAAGCAGCAUCUCAACUGAUCCGCUCAGUGUUGAGGGUGAAGCUCCAAGCAGCGAAACUGGCACAUCUUUGGAUAGCCCGUCUGCUUACCAUCAAGGACCUAUAACACACAGUUCUGCUAUAAGUCCAGACCAUUACGAUCAUUCUGCGUACGGGCUGUAUUCUGUCUCCCCUGGGCAGCAAAGAUCUCGGAGGCCGAAGCUUCAGCACUCCACAUCCAUACUGCGAAAACAAGCAGAGGAAGAAGCUAUUAAAAGGUCAAGAUCGCUUUCUGAGAGCUAUGAACUCUCUUCAGACCUACAAGAUAAGCAGGUGGAAAUGCUAGAACGGAAAUAUGGAGGCCGUCUCAUAACUAGACAUGCUGCUCGUACUAUACAAACAGCUUUUCGCCAGUAUCAGAUGAACAAAAAUUUUGAGCGUCUUAGAAGUUCUAUGUCUGAAAAUCGUAUGUCAAGACGCAUUGUACUGUCCAAUAUGAGAAUGCAGUUUUCCUUUGAAGGACCUGAGAAAGUCCACAGCUCCUACUUUGAAGGAAAACAAGUUUCUGUUACAAAUGAUGGGUCAAAGCUGGGAUCCCUGGUACAGUCUGAAUGUGAUGACCUUGGGGAGUCAGCUACAAUGAAGUCUCCAGCAGCGUCUACUGACUUUGCUGAUGCUAUAACAGAACUGGAGGAUGCUUUUUCCAGGCAAGUGAAAUCCCUUGCAGAGUCCAUUGAUGAUGCACUGAAUUGCCGUAGUCUACAUUCUGAUGAAGUCCAGACUCCGGAUCAAGUCAGAAGUCGUGAAAUGGAAAGGGACGCUUGUGCUCAAACUAAACCAGCAAUUCACAAUGUGGAUCACAGGAAGCUUGAUGAGAUGACAGCAUCAUACAGUGAUGUUACGUUAUAUAUCGAUGAGGAAGAAUUAUCUCCACCCCUUCCACUUUCCCAGUCAGUAGAUAGACCAUCCAGCACAGAAUCUGAUUUGAGGCUCCGAUCUGUGAACUCUUCUCAAGAGUACUGGUCCAUGACCCACAAAGAUGAUAAGAUAGACACUGAUACGAGCUGCAGGAGUACCCCGUCACUGGAAUGUCAGGAGCAGAGGAUGAGAAUGGAUCAUCUACCAUUGCUAACUAUAGAGCCACCCAGUGACAGUUCAGUGGACUUGAGUGAUCGCUCAGAGAGAGGUUCAUUAAAGAGACAAAAUGCAUAUGACCGAGGGAUUACUAGUCAACAAGGAAGCCCGAAACACAUCCCGCACAGUAUUCCUGCCAAGAUUAUAUCCCGAGAGGAACAGGAGGCAAGACAUAGGGCUAGGCCUAUAGAUAGUCAUUUAGCUAUCAAUGGCACAGCAAACAGGCAAAGCAAAUCAGAGUCUGAUUAUUCUGAUGGAGACAAUGACAGCAUCAACAGCACUUCCAACUCUAAUGAUACAAUAAAUUGCAGCUCAGAAUCCUCUUCUAGAGACAGCCUAAGGGAGCAAACCUUGAGCAAACAAACAUACCACAAAGAAACUCGCAACAGCUGGGAUUCCCCUGCCUUCAGUAAUGAUGUUAUCAGGAAACGCCAUUAUAGGAUUGGACUGAACCUUUUUAACAAAAAGCCUGAAAAAGGAGUCCAGUACCUAAUUGAGCGAGGUUUUGUGCCAGACACUCCGGUUGGUGUUGCCCACUUUCUCCUGCAAAGGAAAGGUCUCAGCAGACAGAUGAUUGGAGAAUUUUUGGGAAACCGGCAAAAACAGUUCAACCGGGAUGUAUUAGACUGUGUUGUGGAUGAGAUGGACUUCUCAACAAUGGAACUGGAUGAAGCACUCAGGAAAUUUCAGGCUCAUAUCCGUGUUCAAGGAGAAGCCCAGAAAGUAGAACGGCUCAUUGAAGCUUUUAGCCAACGAUACUGUAUCUGCAAUCCAGGUGUUGUGAGACAAUUUAGAAAUCCUGAUACCAUCUUCAUUCUAGCUUUUGCCAUUAUACUGUUAAACACAGAUAUGUACAGCCCAAAUGUGAAACCAGAACGCAAAAUGAAGCUAGAAGAUUUUGUCAAGAAUCUAAGGGGUGUGGAUGAUGGUGAGGAUAUCCCACGAGAAAUGCUGAUUGGGAUUUAUGAACGAAUCCGCAAACGGGAGCUGAAGACGAAUGAGGAUCAUGUAUCCCAAGUCCAAAAGGUUGAAAAACUCAUAGUAGGAAAGAAACCGAUUGGAUCUCUGCAUCAUGGACUUGGUUGUGUCCUCUCUCUACCCCACCGGAGGCUUGUUUGCUACUGUAGGCUGUUUGAAGUUCCAGAUCCAAAUAAACCUCAGAAGCUUGGAUUGCACCAGCGAGAAAUAUUUUUAUUUAAUGAUCUUCUUGUGGUGACCAAGAUUUUUCAAAAGAAGAAGAACUCGGUUACAUACAGUUUUCGACAGUCAUUUUCCCUCUAUGGAAUGCAAGUUCUUCUUUUUGAGAACCAGUAUUAUCCCAACGGUAUUCGGCUCACGUCAGCUGUUCCGGGAGCAGAUAUCAAAGUACUAAUAAAUUUCAAUGCACCAAAUCCUCAGGACAGGAAGAAGUUUACAGAUGACUUGAGGGAGUCAAUUGCAGAGGUUCAAGAAAUGGAAAAGCACAGAAUAGAGUCUGAGCUAGAAAAACAGAAGGGUGUGGUGCGGCCAAGCAUGUCUCAGUGUUCCAGCCUGAAAAAAGAUUCUGGCAACGGGACGCUGAACAGAGCCUGCCUGGAUGACAGCUAUGCCACCGGGGAGGGACUGAAGAGAAGCGCUCUGAGCAGCUCCCUUCGGGACCUGUCGGAAGCAGGCAAGCGUGGGCGACGCAGCAGUGCAGGAUCGCUAGACAGCAAUAUGGAAGGGUCCAUCAUUAGCAGUCCUCACAUGCGCCGAAGAGCUACAUCAACCCGAGAGUGUCCAUCUCGCCCUCACCAGACUAUGCCUAACUCCUCCUCACUCCUAGGUUCCUUAUUUGGUAGUAAAAGGGGAAAGCCACCUUCCCAAGGCCAUCCACCAUCUGGCUCAUCCCAGCAACCUCCGCACCCUCCAGUAAUCCCACAUCAGCAACACUCACAGCAUCCUUCUGCCAUGCAUCACGCAGGGCCAGCCGAGGGGCAGACACAGGCACAAGUGCACUCUCACCAUUCGCAGUACUGCCAUAUGCAGCAGAAUCCCCCACCCUACCACCACCACCACCACUACCACCCUCCCCAGCACAUCCAGCACCCCCACCAGUAUCACCAACACGUGCCGCACUCCCAGCAUGCGGCACACUCCCAGCAUACUCCUUACAUGCAGCACCCCCACGCGCAGCAUUCCCACUCUCCUCACCCCCCGCUGCCUCCUCCACACCCAGGGCACUCUUCUCACCCCCAACACUCUCAGCAUCACCAUGGACCGCCGCCACCUCCCUCCACUUCAGCCAGCACUAAGCCCAAACACAGUGGCAUCAGCACAAUAGUGUAGAACGUAUUGACCCUCCUAAUAACUGUAGUUUUAAACAAAGUUACAAAGGCACUUACAGGAAGCAACAAAUAAAAUUGUCAGUUUUUAACUACACAAUUUAAUUGAGCUGUGUGAGCUUAAAGGCUUGCUGUUACUAAAUAAAAUAAUUCAAGUUAGCGCAAUCGAUACUGGUUUUACUUAUCUACUCGAUAGACACUUACCAUCUGGUUAGUUCUUCUUUCCAAACUGCCUUGAAAACAUGCUGCUUGCUGAAUAUGAGUAAAGCUACCUUUUACACCAAAUCCCUUGACAAUUUUACAUGCAUAAUAAAAACUUAGUCUAUGAAAAAAGGAAAAAAGUGAUACAGAACCAAGUGUUGCAUUAUUGCUCUUUCGUUGUCAAUGGGCAAAAAAAUAAGUAGACCUGAUAUGGUUGAUGAAAGUACGUAAGUAAACUUUAUAUAAUAUAAAUAUAUACAUAUAAAUAUAUAUAUAUACUGUAUAGUUAACAUUUGUGCUUGGAAAGAAAUUUUUUCAGUCCACAGAACUAGCAAUAUAGACUUUACAAGGAAUUCCACUUACUUGAUAGGACAGUAUAAUAGAUGAAUAGCAUAUGAAAGAGUAGACCAAAAACAUUAAACGUUAGAAACAAAUUUCAGACAUUUCAGUAUUUUCAUUAAAAGAAGUCCUCUGGACUUGCUAAGAUUUCUAAGCAAUCAUUCCUAAAUGUGCCAAGUAACAUAGCAUUUAAAUGUUGUAGUCGAAUACUGCUUUGUAUAAAUCCUUAUUUUAUUAACACGAUAAUAUCAUACGUAAUCAGUAUUAUAACUGCUCUGCUAUUUCAGGUAAGCAAACUCGUUAAGAUGCAGUAAUUAUACCGUAGCGAUGUAGGAUGACCAUUUACCACUGGUCAUCUUCGAGCAUUGGUCACACAAAUUCUUAGACACUUUAAAGGCUGUGAUAACUGUGAAUUUACAUGAUCCCCAUUUCUUUUGUAUGCCUAUGAUUUAACGAACACACAUGAAGAGUUAACGACAGGUGCAUGUACACACUGCAAAAACAUUCAUCUCAAACAUGAAAAUGGCAAACUUCCAUCUUUCUCAGCUACUUUGUUUCCUCUUCACCAUAAUUUCUCAUUUUUACCCCCAAUGAAGCUGAAUUCUAGUCAGUGUUUCCCGGUGGAAGUGCUCUAAAGCUUGAAGGUUUGUUUUAGAAUUUAGUGUAGGGGUUUUUUUAUAGAUAUAUAUAUAUAUAUAUAUAUUAAAACAAAAUAUGUAAUUCCAUGUAGCCAUGUGCUAGCAACAAAGUGGCUUCACCAUUUUUACUCAUCACAUUUGUUAGUUUGGAAGUACCCAGCACUCAGCAGGCUGAGUUUAUGCUCAAACCCGCACUUUCAUAGUCCAGUUAGUUGCAAGACAUCACAUAAAAACAGGCUGUGCUGUUGUUGCUUAUGUGUUGUAAUCAAACCAUUUGCAAAUUUCUAUACAAUUUUUAUCCCAAAAUCCUGUACAAAGUUAUACAUGGCGCCUACUUUGUAGUUUCAGCAUUUUGAGCCACUGCAAGGAGUUUACACCUAAACAGUAGAGACAAAGGAAUCACAACUGCAAAACUGUACCAGCCUAAAAGCAAACCUUGAAGAGGAUGAGCAAAAAGUUCCAGUGUGAGAUGGGUAAAAGUAAUAAUAAUAACAAGCAGUCGAUUUUCUGUUUAACUAGCAAAAUUGUCAGGAAUAAUGAGGACAUGAGAACAAGAGAAUGACUUCUCAUAUUGGCUUGCUCAUGGCAUCUUUAAUAUUUGGGGGGUGGGGGGAGAGGCUGAGUAAUUUUUUCCCUUUCAUACCAUUGAUAUCACAAUACCAGCAAAACUGCAAACUGAGCACUUUCUUAACCUCCACAGAGAGCAAAUACAGCAAUCUAGAGUUUAGCCUUUUGUUUGAAGCUGUCCACGUUUGUUUCACACGUGCAAUAUGUUUUCCCCUUCUGCUCCUUCUCCUCUAAAUUAUCUUCAUGAAAAGAAAAAAAACCAAGUAAUUAUUUUUAAGUAUCACUCAUACUAAAUUCUGCGGCUUACCUUUAGAGGGCUCAUACGGGUCCCCUGAGGCUCUGUUCCUUGCAGUUUUAAAAAAAUAUAUACUGUUCUUAUAAGGGAAAGUAGAACUGUCUGCAUGUCAUCUAAUGUUAUUAGUGUGAGGCUACACUCUACAUAUUGUAUAUUUGCAAAAUAUAUCAGUGUUACUGUUGAUAUUAGUUGAAGUAAAGUGAUAACAUAUUUCAAUAUGUAGACUUUUCUUCAUACAUCUGUACCAAUAGUAGAGUCUAACUGUAAUUUAUAGGUUGUUCCAGAAAAGAUAAAGAACCAUUCAGGUACAAACAUCUUUCAAAAACUGCAUCUUUUAAUUAAAACAGAGGUAAGAGUGCUCCUCUUCACUGAGUGACGGAAUCUGUAUUUGGUUCAGAUGCAGAGUUAUAAUGGAAGUAAAAUUGCCUGUGUAUGGAAAACAGAGUAUGCGGUAGCAGUGGAGAGGAAAAUCUGACUCUAGCUGUGUUAGUUAACAAUGAAGAUGUUCAGACUCCCAGAUCUGCAUUUGCUUUAUGUUUAUAAACCCCUUUCAUUCAUUUAAAUUAGAGUUACAUAUAAAUAUCCUAAACUUACACAGUAAGCCACAUUUGAAUGUUUGACCACUGAUUUUCCAUGUGCGAUCAAUUAAAUCUUCAGGAGAUGUCACAAAUGUGCAUGCAAAAAAAAAAAAAGCCAUUGACACACGAUUUCAUGUACACGUGGGGAAAGAGCUCGUGCCUAUGCUCUAGGGGCAAUAAGUGCACGUGUAAAAUCACAGAGCCUUUUGAGGCUAGUUUAUAAACCAAAACUGGUCAUAUAAGAGCACAGUAUUUGUAAACUCUAUGAUUUCAAGUCAAUGAGGAGAAACAGUGGAUUUUUUUUUUUUUUUUUAGACUGUGUGUUUGUAUGUACUUUAAACAAGUGUGUCUUGGUGUCAGCAUAAGUCUUAAGAACUUUGCUGCUUGUUUAGGGUUGUAGUAUAACCUCUCUGAUUCCAUCCUUGAUUAACAAUUGCUUAGAGCAGUGUGGAUCAUGCCUACAAUAGGACAAUGAUAGUACUGUAACACUGCCUGGGGUUAAGAAAAUUAAUUUUUUCAACCUGCAAGCAGGAGUAGAAUCGAGAGGGUUUUUUCUCCAAUGCCAUUGCCAAUUAAAAACUGGUACAGAGCUGCACAAAGUGGCCGUGUUUCUCUUUUCCCAUAAAUAAUGUGGCGAAGUGGUAAUGCUGAUUUGAAAAAAUGAAAGGGAAACGUAAAGAAUGAAGGUGUGGCAACAAAAAAAUCUUUUCUGGGACAACAAUCAAAUAUAUAUUUGGGGGUUUUAUUUUUUUAAGUUAAGAAUGAAUUGUACAACAAUGUAAAAACAAAAAACAAAGUUCAUCCUAAUAUAAUGUGCGUCUUGUAUUGCUAAAAAAACCAAGUCUAACAUACAGUGUAGAAUGAUUUUCCCAUCAUGUACUGCAUGCAGCAGAAGCCUCUUGUUUCUUGAUAAAAUGAGCUGAGAGACAGUCAGCAGAUAUUUAACAAUGAAUCUCUAGAUGUUGACUUGCUGUUCCAUAUGAAGCUGUGUGUUUUCUGCAGUUAAGCAUGCAUUUUGCUGUUCCGUUGUAAAAUACCAUCGCACUUCUUGCCUGCGAAAUGGGUUAUUGUGUAUAUAUUUAAAAGAAAAGUGGAACCAAUAACAAGACUAAAUUUGGAAAAGAGAAAAGGGGGUGGUGAGAAUGGGACCAGUAGGGGGAAUAGAUAAUUCUCUAAAUUGUACAUAGUGUGUAAAUUAGUAUUACUAUAAGUCUGCAGUCACUUUGAGGUUGCCUAUCUCCUGCUAGGAACUUAAAUCAGCUUUGAGUUGUAUUAAACUGUUAGAAUUAGGUCUUGAAUGCAGACUGUUAAAGACUUCAAAAAAAACAUUAUGCUUACAAGAAGCUUCUGUUCUGGGGAGGCUUGAGACCCCUUUUGUAACUACGGGGAAGAAAGGAGUGCUUUCAUUUUAAUAUGCAUUCUGUUUGUAAGUAGUAACAGACCCUAUUGAUGUAAAACUAUAACUGUGAUCAUGUGGAGAAAUCAAAUAAAUCAUUUAAAACUC